AUGCCGUCCACUUCAGAAUUUGAUACGUCCAUAGAUGACACCCUCGUGCCGUCGACAGUGAGAAGCACUAAGACAGGAUUGUGGAUAAACCAAGAUGGAAUACGAGAAGUGCAACGAUACAAUGAUUUCAGAUCAAUAGAUUGGGUAGAGGAUGAACUAGACGAACAAAAGCAGCGUCUCUUGAAGUUGAAACACAUAACCAACAAAGGCAACAACUUUAAGGACAAGCUUCUAUCCCAAAUUUCUAAUUGGCUUGUUCUAGCAUGUAUGGGAGUCGUAAUUGGCUUGAUCGCAGGGUCAUUGAACAUCAUCACCUCGUUCCUUUCCAGUGCUCGCGUUGGCUACUGCAAACGUGGUUUCUACUUGAGCGAGUCAUUCUGUUGCUGGGGUGAGAAUGGUGAGCAUUGCGAAAAUUGGACAAAGUGGACUUCACUAAGUGGAUUUAAUUACAUUAUAUAUAUACUCAUUUCCCUCCUCAUGUCAUACACAGCAGCCAAAAUCGUAAAGUCUUAUGCACCAUUUGCUGCUGGUUCGGGGAUUUCAGAGAUUAAAUGUGUUGUUUCAGGAUUUGUUAUGGAUGGUUUUUUGGGCUGGUGGACCUUGGCCAUAAAAAGUUUGGGCUUGCCGUUGGCAAUUGGAUCGGGUUUGAGUGUGGGAAAGGAAGGGCCUAGCGUGCAUUAUGCGGUUUGCGUGGGGAACUCAAUUGGGCGCCUAGUACCAAAGUACAAGAAAUCAGCUUCAAAAGGAAGAGAGUUCUUAACAGCAACUGCUGCCGCGGGGGUAGCAGUUGCAUUUGGAUCACCUAUGGGAGGUGUGCUAUUUUCAAUAGAAGAGAUAUCUUCAGUGUUUCAAUUGCCAACCUUGUGGAAAUCGUACUUUUGCUCUCUUAUUGCAGUGACCACCUUGGCCGCAAUGAAUCCAUUCCGUACCGGCCAGUUGGUAUUGUUUGAAGUCAGUUAUGACACAAACUGGCAUUACUUUGAAAUACCCAUUUACAUAAUUUUAGGAGUUUUUGGUGGUGUCUAUGGGAUUGUUGUGUCAAAGCUAAAUACAAAAGUUGUGUCGUUUCGCAAGAGGUUUUUGGGUCCGUGGGCAGUUCGCGAGGUUUGUAUUUUGACUUUGUUGACAGCAAGCUUCUCAUACUUCAAUGAUUUCCUACGUUCGGACAUGACUGAGUCAAUGCAAAUUUUGUUUCACGAAUGUGAUGCCAAUUUCCAAAACCCAAUUUGCCACCCAGAAAAUGGGAAAACGAAGCUAUUGUUCUCUUUGUUGUUUGCAACCAUUGCAAGAAUGGGACUUACGAUUAUUACAUACGGUUGCAAAGUGCCUGCCGGGAUUUUUGUUCCCUCAAUGGCAGCUGGAGCCACAUUUGGUCGAGCGCUUGGAAUCGUAGUGGACCACAUUUUCAAAAAGAACCCUAACCUUUUCAUCUUUUCUGCAUGUGAGUCUGACGACAAGUGUAUUAUACCAGGCACAUAUGCAUUUUUGGGUGCAGCUGCAGGUUUGUGUGGCAUCACCGAUUUGACGGUAACAGUAGUAAUUAUCAUGUUUGAAUUGACAGGUGCAAUCCGUUACAUUCUACCUACGAUGAUUGUUGUCGCGAUAACAAAAGGCAUCAAUGACAAGUGGGGAAAGGGAGGAGGAAUUGCCGAUCAGAUGAUCAAGUUUAACGGAUUGCCUUUGAUAGACUCAAAGGAGGAAUUCCAUUUCCACACACCUGUAACAUCUGCAAUGUCCAGUGUCGUGGUUGCAUUUUCAGCCGAUGCAAAUGAUGCUUUGACUUUGGGACAGUUGAAACACACACUACAAAGAACAACACAUAGAGGCUUCCCGGUGAUACGCUCCGGUAACAAUCCCAAGAUUGACGGCUACAUUUCUCGAUACGAGUUAGAGUAUGUGCUAGGCAAAAAUGAAAAUGUCAAUCCGGAAACCCUAUGCAACUUCAGUUCGAAGGAGAGAGGGUCUACGGAAAAGAUUGAUUUUAGUCUGAUGAUAAACCUAUCACCAUUGAGCGUUGAUGGAGCGACAUCUUUAAAGUACGUUUCUGACAUAUUCGUCAAACUCGGGCCGCGUUACUUGUUAGUUGAGCAACUGGGGACAUUGAUUGGAAUCAUAACAAGAAAAGACAUAUUACGUUACGAGCACUCCAUUCAUCAAAGAGAAGUAAAUUCUGGCCCACAGGAUAGACAAGAAGAACUCGAGGAAAAAGUAUGGAACACCAUGAAGUCAAUAUCUGGAAUUGCUCAUCAAUUUGUUGGACGAAUCCUACGUAGGGACUCAUAA